GCGGGGAGAAUGUAACAUGGAUUCAAUGGCAAUGUGGUCCUCUACCAAUCGUCGCACAGAACUCUUCAGACUAUCGUGUCUCCCUGUCAAUACUAACGCCUAUCACGAUUCACGACUUUCCUUCUUUGCCCCCCAGCGAUAAGCGACGCGAACCUGGACAGGGAGGCCGAGGGAGCUGGCUUCACGAUCCUCCAAUCCUUUCCGGGGGACCACUUCCAUGUCGAUUCCAGAAGGACGCUUUCUCUUUCCUCCUGCCACUUUGGACACUGGACAUCGAGUCCAUGGAGAGGUAUAAGUACCCCUUGAACAGUCCACGCGCUACCCACACUAUUUCUUCCAGUAUUGCUUCCUUCCCUUUCACUUCUCGUGAAACCCAUAUAUUCUCUUGACCUUCCAUCAUGCCUGUCGAUAAUCCAGAAAUCAUCCAGGCCUCUGGUCUCACUGACCACCACGCUGAUGCAGGCCGACGACAAUCGGUCACCAAGGCUGUCGACGAGAAGGCUGUCCACUCAUACUUCAAUCCGGAUCCCGAGUACCAUCAGAUCCCCACGGAAGACCAGCUUCAUGGGCCGAGUGCUCUGCGAAGGGUUGCUGCCCCAAUCCCUUGGGCGGUCUACACUGUUGCCUUUGUGGAACUCUGCGAGCGAUUCUCUUAUUACGGAACCCAAGUGGUUUACUCCAACUACGUGAACCAUGCGCUCCCCCUCGCGCAACCAGAUGGCCCCCCUGGCUCGCACCACAACACCGGUGCCGGCGGUGGCAGUUCCCAAGGCAUUUCUGGUGCUCUGGGUCAAGGGCCCGAAACCGCCAAUGGUAUCAACACCUUUAACACCUUCUGGGUCUACUGUGUUCCACUUCUGGGUGCCUAUAUGGCCGACGAGCAUUGGGGAAGAUACAAGACCAUCUGCAUUUCCAUUGCCAUCGCCAUUCUCGGUCAUAUCAUUCUUGUUCUCUCAGCGAUUCCACCCAUCAUCACCAACGAGACGGCCUGCUUUGCCUUGUUCAUGCUCGGUCUGAUUAUCAUGGGUUUCGGCACCGGUGGUUUCAAGCCUAACAUCUCCCCUUUGGUCGCCGAGCAGAUCAACGUCACACGUGCAUAUGUCAAGACGCUGUCCUCGGGUGAAAAAGUCGUGGUCGAUCCUAUCAUCACCCAAAGUCGGAUCUACCAUUACUUUUACCUCUUCAUCAACAUUGGCGCUCUGGUCGGUCAGGUUGGAAUGGUGUAUGCUGAGAAAUACGUUGGAUUCUGGCUCGCAUUCUUGCUCCCUACGAUUGCCUUCUUGACGACUCCAUUUGUCAUGUGGUGGGGACGCAAACGCUAUCAGCAACGACCACCUUCCGGUUCCGUCGUAGGCAAGGCUUUUAAAGCCCUACUCUUCGGGAUGCGGGGACGCUGGUCAUUGAACCCAGUCACCAUGUACAAGCGCACCCAUGACGGUUCUCUCUGGGAGGCCGUCAAGCCGUCCAACAUUCAGCCCUCCCAACGUCCUGCGUGGAUGACUUUCGACGACGCCUGGGUUGACGAGGUCCGCCGUGGUUUCAAAGCCUGCGCCGUCUUCUGCUGGUACCCACUCUACUGGCUUGCGUACGGGCAGCUGACGAACAACUUCACAGCCCAAGCUGGUACCAUGACGUUGAACGGUGUGCCCAACGACGUUGUCAACAACCUCGAUCCUUUUGCGUUGAUCAUAUUCAUCCCCAUUUGCGACUCCUGCCUAUACCCUGGCCUGCGCAAACUUGGCUUCAACUUCACCCCCAUCAAGAAGAUCACUGCCGGAUUUUGGUUGGCCUCGGCGGCGAUGAUCUGGGCUGCAGUGGUGCAGUAUUAUAUCUACCACACGUCCCCCUGCGGUUAUUCCGCCAACGACUGCUAUCUUGAUGACGGUAGCGUCAAUCCUGCACCCAUCAAUGUCUGGGCUCAGACUGGCUGCUAUGUUCUGAUUGCCUUCUCCGAGAUUUUCGCCUCCAUCACUUCUCUCGAAUAUGCUUAUUCCAAGGCGCCAAAGAACAUGCGAUCUCUGGUUCAGGCUAUUGCGCUGUUCACCAAUGCCGUUUCUGCCGCGAUUGCCGAGGCCCUCAACCGCCUGAGUGGUGAUCCACUGCUGAUCUGGAACUACGGUGUCUUCGCUGUGGUGUCAUUUUUGGGUGGUGUCUUCUUCAUCAUCCAAUUCUGGGGUCUUGACAUGGAGGAAGAUCAACUCAAUCUGCUGCCUGAAGGACAUGUCGUCGCGACCAAGGAUGAGGAGACGAUGUCGAUUGAUGAUGCUCCGCGUCCAACCACCAUUGACGAGAAGCACUAGACGGAGGGCACAUGGUAUGUUGAGGUCGUUGCACAUCACUUAGUAUCUGUAGCAAAUCCUUUGGGCAAUGCUAUGACGCUAGAAAGUCGUCAGCUCAAAACGUCCAACAUUUGGGAUCAGUAUUGGGCCUAUUGGCUUCUGACGGCUGCAGCCAAAUUCCGCGAGCAAUACUCCAUAGCCCAGUAGCAAAAACGAAGUCCCAGGCAUGAAUAUAUUUGCUCAUGUGUGUGAGUUGCUGUGCAUUCUGUCAUUGCCAGUGAAACGAUAAUGCACGAUAUUUCCCCAGAGCAUGCAUUUAUGAAGAUUGAACGCUACACCUCUCUGAGUAAUUUUGAUGUAUCAAAAUACGGUGAACUACUACACUAUUUUCCCCGAGUUCGGCGGGCACCUCGAACGCAGUUUAAUACUAG